AUGAUAUAAUAGAUUUAAUAUUUCGACACAUUAGAAGAUUUUUCAAACUCUUCACUUUAAUCUCAUUAGGUUCUCUAUAUUAAUUUGAGUGACAGUGAAAUUAAUGAUGACGAUGCAUUGGAUUUAUUUUUUUAUUUAGAAAAAUGCACUAAUCUCUUAGAUUUAACGCUUGACCUUAGCUACAAUUAAAUUGGUGAUCUUGGUAUAUAUUUGCUAGGUUCUGCCUUCGAUAAUUGUAAUAAUCUCUCAAAUUUGACGCUUUAGCUUAGUCACAAUUGUUUUGGUCAUGUAUCUAGAUUAGGUUCUGGUUUAGCAAAUUGCACUAAUCUCUCAGAUUUAGCGCUUUACCUUGAUAACAAUUAUAUUGGUGAUUAAGACAUAUAAGACUUAAGUUCUGAUUUAGCAAAAUGCACUAAUCUCUCAAAUUUGACACUUAAGCUUAGUGAGAAUAAAAUUGGUGUAAUUGGUGUAAUAGGCUUAAGUUCUGCUUUAUCAAAAUGCACUAAUCUCUCAAAUUUGACACUUUACCUUGAUUAGAAUGAAAUUGGUGCAACUGGUGAAUCAUGCUUAAGUUCUGCUUUUGCAAACUGCACUAACAUCUCAAAUUUGACACUUCACCUUUGUCACAAUUAAAUUGGUGCUAAUGGUGCAUUAGCCUUAGGUUCUGCUUUAACAAAUUGCACUAAUCUCACAAGUUUGAAACUUCAACUUUACUACAAUUUAAUUUGUGAUGAAGGUGCAUUAGGCUUAGGUUUUGCUUUAAAAAAUUUCACUAAUCUCACAAAUUUGACACUUUAACUUGGUCACAAUAAAAUUAAUGCAAUUGGUGCAUCAGGUUUAGGUUCUGCUUUAGGAAAUUACACUAAUCUCUCAGAUUUAACACUUAACCUUAGUUUCAAUUAAAUUGGUGAUGAAGGUGCUUCAAACUUAGGUCACUCUUUAGUUAAUUGUGCUAAUCUCUCAAAUUUGACACUUAUCCUUGACCACAAUUAAAUUGGUGAAAUUGGUACAUUAUGCUUAGGUUCUGCUUUAGCAAAUUGCAUUUAUCUCUAAAAUUUGACACUUAAACUUGCUGCCAAUAAAAUUGAUGAAUAGAUUGCAUUAUGCUUAGGUUCUGCUUUAACAAAUUGUACUAAUAUCUCAAAUUUGAAACUUUACCUUGGUGAAAACUAAAUCAACAAAUCAUAAUAAUAAUUGAAAGUAAAUAGCAAGUUUCUUAAAUCAAAAAGAUUAGUUUUCUUGAAAAUAUAUUUCUAAUGA